CCUCUGUAACUGCGUCAGUCAGUGGAUCUCUAGGCCAGUGUCAGACCUAUGAGCAUGUUAAUCUUCUAUUUAUCAUUUUUGUUGUUACUCAUUCAACUGGUUGGUGCUCUCCCCCGGUUGUUCGACACUACUAGUGAAAAGUCAGAACCACAACAACCACAACUUGACAACCUACUUACAGAGAUGAGCGAUGAAGACUUUUACAAUAAGUUGAAUGAAGCUCACCAGGAAAAACAGCUGGUCGUGAUAGAGUUCUAUGCGACAUGGUAUAGACCUUCCAAAACUACAGCAAAUCUUUUUAAUGAAUAUGCCAUCAAGUUUCCGAAAGUUAUCUUUAUUAAGCUGGAUGUAGACACACACCGCAAAAUUGCGGCUGCGGAAACAUACAAAAUCGAUGAAAAAGGGCAGUUGCCUAUUUUUUGGUUCAAAGGGAAGGGUGGAGACAGGUUGGUGAUUGGAGCAAAGAAAGAAACAUUUGCAACAACAUUUGAGCAAACAUUUGCAGAUUUUACUGAAUCCACUUCUUCUUAAAAAAUCCAGGAAAGUCUCAAUUCCAAGCAGGCCACAUUAAAGUAUCCUUGUGU